AUGCCCGCACUGGGCGAGAUCUCCUACUCACGCCAAGCAUGUAUUGAUGCAGUGCGAGACUACUACAAAUUCCUCAUACUCCUCCAUCUCCCUGGACACUACUUGGUCGAGCCGCCAGAGGCUGGCUGGCCUCACAUCACUCCGGAAAAUGCACGAUGCCUAGGCAAGACGGAUGAAGUCGUCGCACUUCUUCGACAUCUGCCUUAUCUACGCGCUGAUAUCACUACCUCUUGGGAAGCUCAAGGCGCUCCGGACACCAAUUUUGCAGAUUGGAGCGACAUACUGCGUAUGUCAAUGCAGAAAUCAUGGCAGCAAGGCGAGAUCGACGAAGACUCGAGGAUCAUGUCCGAGGGACUUGUUUUUGAAGAAGACACUGUCCCGGCGCAUGUUAUAAGUCUGACAUAUGGGGCCGGGAACACCGAGAGAUUCCUGUUAGACACCGAUCUCGGCGUCAUCUACUGGCUCGACUGUCGUUCAGAGAUCAAGGGCUUUACACCAAUGGAUUCAUACCCUGAACGCGUUCUCGACGAUGCCUGGGACUACGCAGAAUCUGACGAAGAAGCCUUGUGGCGCGACUGCGGUGCCUGGGCGGUAGUCGACUUCUUCGAAAUGCUAAAACAUCAAUUCUGCAAACUCAACUUCUACCCUGUCGGAGAGGGAGAGGUCAAGGACGUUUGGAGAGCGGGUACCAAGAAACGUGAGGAGAUUCGAGAGACUUUUCGACAACAUGGUUGGCCAGACUUCGAAACAUAUCGCAUAGAAGAAUGCCUGGCUGCGAUCCGUGUCAUGUACUAG